GCAGCGGCAGGAGUUAUUGUGAUUUUUAUUCAGAGAAAAUGCUGUAAGUGAGAUGAAUCUACUUAAUUGGAAGUCCGGAGCGAUUAAACUCACAGAAUGGAUGUAGACUUAGGUGGAAGGAGUGAUAGCACUUGUACAUCUCAAGGCUCUCCGCUUCUACAGAACAAGCAGUUGGUCCUGCAUGCUGAUCUGCACAGUUUCACCGCAACCUGAACUCCCCUGCACAAAGCAACUUCGAGCUCGUAGAACAGCGUAAAAAAAAUUUGUAAUUAUCGUAAAUGGCUGCCUACAUCAAUCGCACAAUAUCAAUGAUUGGGGGGGACGGCCAACGUCUGGGUAGUGAUGCUAGAAUUGAGAAUUCUCCACUUCAGAUAUUCGUCAAAGCGAAGAAGAAGAUCAAUGACAUCUUCGGGGAGAUCGAGGACUAUGUCCAGGACACCGUGGGUUUCAUGGAAAUUCUCAGCAAGGAUAAGAACAACAUCGUGACACAGGUGGAGACUGACAGCAUUCAGGGUUAUGUAAAGAAGGUCCACGGGAUCAGGGAUGUCCUCAAGAGGGAUCACAUGAAAGUCGCCUUCUUUGGGCGAACGAGCAAUGGAAAAUCAACAGUCAUCAAUGCCAUGUUAAGAGACAAAAUAUUGCCGAGUGGCAUUGGUCACACGACUAACUGCUUUCUGCAAGUAGAGGGCUCGGAGAAUGGAGAGUCCUAUCUGAUGACUGAGGGGACUAAUGAAAAACAGCCUGUACAUUCAGUGGGGCAGCUUGGACAUGCCUUGUGCAAGGAGAAACUCUGUGAAAGUCAUCUUGUUAGGAUCUUCUGGCCCAAAGAGAAGUGUCUACUAUUGCGAGACGAUGUUGUCUUCGUUGAUUCACCUGGAGUUGAUGUCACACCCAAUCUGGAUGAGUGGAUUGAUAAACACUGUCUGGAUGCUGAUGUGUUCGUUCUGGUUGCCAAUGCUGAGUCUACUUUGAUGGUUACGGAGAAGAAUUUCUUUCACAAAGUUUCUACGAGACUAUCGAAACCGAACAUUUUUAUUCUGAACAAUCGAUGGGAUGCUUCUGCCUCUGAACCUGAAUUUUUUGAAGAGCUGGCCAAUGAGCAAAAAGAAGUACGAGCACAACAUCAAGACAGAGCUGUUGACUUUCUAGCUAAGGAACUCAAAGUUUAUUCACCCAAAGAUGCGGAGGAACGUAUUUUCUUCAUUUCGGCGAAGGAAACCCUGCAGGCGCGGAUGCAGGAGCAAAGAGGCCAACCAGCACAUAAUGGUGCCCUAGCCGAAGGAUUCCAAAAUCGUUACUUCGAGUUUCAAGAUUUCGAACGAAAAUUCGAAGAGUGUAUUUCUAAAUCGGCAGUGAAGACAAAGUUCGAGCAGCACUCCCAACGAGGCAAGCACAUUGCCAGUGAAAUACGCCAGACCCUCGACGAUAUACUGACGCGAACCCAGAAGAUGCGAGUAGAGCAGCUGGCCAUAAAACAAGAGGUCCACGACAAACUGAAUUUUACAGAGCAGCAGCUGAUGCUCAUAACCCAUGAAAUGAAGGAUAAGAUUCAUCGAAUGGUGGAGGAUGUGGAGCAGAGAGUGUCAAAGGCUCUGAACGAGGAAAUCAGACGUCUUGCUGUGCUCGUCGAUGAGUUCUCUGUGCCCUUCCAUCCUGAGUGUCUAGUCCUCAACGUCUACAAGAGAGAGCUCCAUACUCAUGUGGAGAACGGUCUUGGCUCGAACCUCCGGGCUAGAUUGAGCACAGCACUGGCCCUGAAUAUGGAGUCCUCCCAGCGAGAAAUGACCGAAAGAAUGUCAGGUUUAUUACCGGACACCAAGAAGCAGCUGUCAGUGAGCAUAAUGCCCAGACGUGAGCCCUUCGAGAUCCUCUACAGACUCAAUUGCGAUAACUUGUGUGCCGAUUUCCACGAAGACCUUGAGUUCAGAUUCUCCUGGGGAAUCACAGCGCUCAUCAGCAGAUUCGCAGGUAAACAGGGGCAUAAACUGGCGAUUGCCAAUUAUCCACAGGAAAUACCACAGAGUCUGGUAUCCCCCACUGACAGCAUUGAUUCAGUGAAAUUCGUUGCAAAUCCAGUGAAUUUUCCAUCGGGAAACGACGAUUGGUCUCUUGCUACUAGAAUCGCCGUUGCCUCGAUCACUUCCCAGGGUACAAUGGGGGGACUCAUUGUCGCUGGGUUCAUGCUGAAAACUGUGGGCUGGAGGCUCAUUGCCAUUACUGGAGCUGUCUACGGAGCUCUCUAUUUCUACGAGAGGCUCACUUGGACUAAUAAAGCUAAGGAGAGGGAGUUCAAGAGACAGUAUGUCAAUCAUGCUACUCAGAAACUCAGGCUGAUUGUAGAUCUCACGUCUGCUAACUGCAGUCAUCAAGUUCAGCAGGAACUUUCAAGCACGUUUGCCCGUCUUUGUCACUUGGUAGACGAAGCAACGUCGGAAAUGGACACCGACCUGAAGACAAUAGCAUCAACCCUGAGAACUCUGGAGGAGGCAGCAACAAAUGCCAAAGUAUUGAGAAACAAGGCGAACUACUUAGCCAACGAACUCGAGCUCUUCGAUGCAGCUUACAUAAGAUCCCUCAAUUGAAUGAUAAACUGUUUACAUCAUUAGCACGUGAAUUUCUAGAUGUAUACUGGUUUUCUAUGGAUAUCUACAAUUCUAUCUUGACAAUAGGUGAAUAUUUUAGUUCAAUGGAAUGUUGAGAAACAGUUGAUUCUAGUCCCGGCGUAGGAGUGAGUGCCUCCCAGGGCUAAUACGAGAGAAUUUAUUCAAAUUAUUUUUCCUUCAAUUUUUUUCUUUAUGAUCGAUUGCAUAAUAAAUUCUAAACUUCGAUUUUUUUCUUUUUUCGAUCGUCACACAGUAGCUAAAUGAUUUCUUUUGAUUGUUAGACGUGUGGGUCAAUGAACAAUUUCAAGUCCAAAUCCAGGAUAUAUUUUCGAGAUCUAUAUUGACGUUAUUCACCCCGGAGAGUGAUUCUUACGUUCAUUUUUUGUUUUAAAUUUGUACUUGUUGUAGAUAGUAUACAUUUUUAGUUUAAUAAUGCGUUAUGUAUAUAAAUAAAUUACUGGAUAAUAAACUA